AUACUGUUGCCGAUAAUACUCGGAUUCACUUUCAUUGACUUAGUGACGUCGGUUCGUGGGAGGUGAACCUUCGUGCGAAGUUCAUGAUUUAAUACGGUUUUCGAAACUGCUACGUCUCAAGGAUCUCGCGGAACCAUGGCUGACAACGAACAGAAAGCGAUGCAAUUGUUAAUGGAGGCCGAGAAGAAGCUGUCUUCCAAGAGCUUCUUCGGUUCGCUGUUUGGAGGUUCGUCAAAGGUCGAAGAAGCUGUAGAAUGUUACCAACGUGCUGCAAACAUGUUCAAAAUGGCAAAGAAUUGGAGCUCGGCAGGAAGUGCGUUCUACGAGGCUGCAGAGUUACAUGCCAAGGCAGGCAGUCGUCAUGAUGCAGCUACCAACUACGUAGAUGCUGCUAAUUGUUUUAAGAAAACUGUUAUAAAUGAGGCAAUUAGUUGUUUGUUGAAAGCAAUUGAAAUUUAUACCGAUAUGGGCCGGUUCACAAUGGCGGCCAAACAUCAUCAAAGUAUAGCCGAGAUGUAUGAAAGCGAGGCUGUUGAUCUUGAGAGGGCAGUACACCAUUACGAGCAAGCCGCUGACUAUUUUCGCGGAGAGGAGAGCAAUUCAUCUGCCAACAAAUGUCUUCUGAAGGUUGCGCAGUACGCUGCUCAGCUUGAAAAUUAUGAAAAGGCUAUUCAAAUUUACGAACAGGUUGCUUCUGCAUCUUUAGAAAGUUCUCUGUUGAAAUAUAGCGCGAAGGAGUACUUCUUCCGAGCGGCGCUCUGCCAUUUGUGUGUCGAUGUGUUGAACGCGCAACACGCGAUCGAACGUUACCAGGAACAGUAUCCUGCAUUCCAGGAUUCUAGAGAGUACAAAUUAAUAAAGACAUUAAUAGAACACCUCGAGGAACAACACCUCGAAGGUUUUACAGAAGCGGUAAAGGAAUAUGAUUCAAUUUCACGAUUGGAUCAGUGGUAUACGACAGUAUUAUUACGUAUUAAAAAGCAAGUUAACGAUAAUCCAGAUCUACGCUGAUCGGUUGUUCCUACUUUGUGCUAUUUCCUGUCGAUGAUAUUAUUAAUCCAAUUCUAUAUGUAUUCUUUUUUAAAUCAUACCCUGCUUUCAGUGGAACUUGUAAAGUAGUUUCGUUUUUAUAUCCAAAUAUAUUUUUCAUAACAUCUCCUUGCUCUCUUGGCAACUAUUACAUGUUCAUCACUUAAGUUAUCACAUUAGCCAUCAUAGAAUAUUGUCAUGAAAAGCGAUAUAAAGGAGAAGGAGAAAUAUUCUAUGGAUAUUAGUAAUUCAUUUACUGAUGCCGAUAUACAAGGCAAUAUGAUUAAAUAUAUAAGCAAAAAAUAGUAUUGAAACUUUGUUGGCAUUCUUAUACUUAAAAAUACAUAAAUAGCUUGCCAAAAAGCUGCAGCUUGUGCAAAUUCGUUUCGCCGCAUGCGAUUGCGAUAAAUUAUUCAGAUGAAAAACAAAUGAGUUUCCAUGAGUUGAUUUGUUUCAGUAGAACAGUGUGGUGCAGUUUUACGUAUAUAAUACUUUUAAAAGCUUGUUGACAUUUAUUACUAGUAACUUGAAGUAAUUAUUAACAAUAACAAAUAAGAUUCUGUAGCCACAGAAGAAAAAGCUAAAGCUUGUGUUUGACCUGGAAUUGUUAUAACGAUAGAUUGUCAGUUGUUAUCUUUACACUGCCAGAGUAUCAGAAUAAUGAAUAUGGUAUACACAUUAUCUUCUUUCUGGAACUGACAUAUAUUUUGUGUUAAUUUCCUCUUUUUAAAUCUUGAUUUUUGCAAGAUUUUAUUUAACCUUUAAUCUGAAACUUUCAGUACAUGUAUAUAGUGCUGUUGCUAUAUUUUACUAAUAUUUUGUAAAAAGGAUGGAACAUAUAUAAUUCAUAAUGACGGGAAAUGAUCGUGAUAUGCAUUUAAGUGUAUAUAUCAUCUGUUUUUUUUUCUUUUCUUUUUUUCUUUUCUUUAUUAAGAUUAAUAUCUGUUUAUAUUCUCUUACUGUUGGGAAAUGAUUAAUUAUCAAUGUAUAUUUGUACUUAGUGGUAGAUAGUGCGUACUAGUGAUAAAGAAAAAGAAGCGAUAAUAAUCGUAAAAAAAAUUUAAUUUAUUUCAGUGUUAAUUUUCGUUGUUAUUUAACGAAAUGUACAUCGCAAACUUACGCAUUUUAUUUGAAACAAGUUGCAUUGUUUGAAUAUAUUUACCAAAUAUGAAUAUUCAAUUAUUAAGUAGAAAGGAUAGAAAGUAACAACUUUUUCCAUGCACGGAAAGUAACGAAGCGUGUACUAGAUAAGCAUUAUGAGAGAAAAAAAGAAACGCAAUCUCUUGAUGCAUGUAAUUAACGCUGUGUUAUUUUUUUUCGAAUUUUAUAAAAAAAAGAAAGUUUGUUGAAGGUAAAAAGAAGCUCGCAGGAACGUAUAGCAAAAACUAGCGUUUAAAACGUACUCCUCUACUUAUUCUUUAUACACAUUUAUCUAUAUAUAUAUAUAUACACACACACACAUAUACAUACAUAUAUACAUUAGUUUAAUAAUCAUAAUUAUAUCUAAUUGAUAGAUAAUGAAUAAUUUAUUCAUCGAUAUUACGAUAUCAGUGUUUGUUUUUCUACUGCGAUUUCGUGUAAUCGUUAAUUGUACAAUUAGAAGACUAUUGUUUUUCCAAAAUCGUAGAGAGUUAAUUAAUAUCGCUCGCUACCAUGUUCUAAUUUAAUUAUAUUAUUAGACUGCGUACGUCAAAUGCUUGGAAAUAAAUGCAACUGAAGUUGAUCAAGGGACUAUCGUCAAGCAUGUUCGAAAAAAAAAAUAAAAUAAAAUAAAACGAGCAUUAUGUACGGAGCGAUGUGAAAAAAAGUGUGUUUAUGCGUUUUUCGUCAUAUUUUGUUUGCGAAAUAUCACUGAAAGUUUAUUACGUAUUACUGUAGUUAAUUUGCAUAAGUCGUACAGUGGGAAGAAGUUAGCGGAUACUCUGGAUAUGCAUAGCCUUCCUUAAAAAAAAAAGAAAAAAAAAACGAAAAUAUGAAAAUUUCGUUUCUAUUGUGCAUGUAACAUUUUAUUUAUCUGUACACACACGUAUAUUCGUAUUGUAUAUUUUUGGUUUCUGUAUCGACCAUUAAAAUGGAACGCUACGAUAAUCGAAACUCUUUUAAUCGUAACUUGGCUUAUGUUAUUGCGUUACGCAAACCAAUGAACAUUGUCCAAGACAAGAAUUAACAGCACCACGUGAAUUAGAAUUUCUUAGUGGCAAUAUUAACAUGCUUAAGAAGCUAUAAACCCCGUAACAAAUAAUAAGAACGAUAUCAUACCCUGCA